CACUAUUAUAUUUCAUCGCCUUUAAUUUCACGACGCUACAGCUUUAUUUCGCAGUGCUUUAUAUCGGACAAUAUUUUGUGCAUUUGUAAUAGCAAGUUGUCGCGGCCAGCGACAUAACGGUUGAUGUGCGAAGCCGUAGCCAGCGGUAGCCUAACUGUGAACCAGAACCUGAAACUAUUAUAAAGCGUUUGGAAUGCCAACUCAGUAUACUCCGCCGAGACGCAGUAGUCGCCUACAGCAAGAAGCAACAAGGGAAUUAACACAAAGUUCGAGCAAUAUGAGCACAUCCUCAGCCAAUGCCGCUGCAGCCCUGUUGACGAUGUCUACUGCCCAACCCGCCAGAACUUCAUCGACGGCUGCUACGGCCACAGCCAAUGCCAUCGCUUCAAGCGUACCAUCAAGGCCCGCCACAUCUACAGCUCCGGUAGUCUCAUCGCCUGCGGUUACUGCUAACACCGCUGCACCUUUGGUAAGUCUCUCAAACGCCGCUGCGGAACCAGUGGUUAUACACGCCGCCUCAGCCCCAAUCGCCACGUUCGCCCCCGCAAUGGUUACACCAGCUGCCAACGCCGUCGCAGCUGCACCAGACAAAUCAACCACUCCACAUAUUGCAAAUGCCGCCACAGCUAUGAUCAUCCCGCCGAUCGCCACAAGCUUUAUUGAAAAUGCCACCACUUCGUCAGCUAUUGCCAUGCCGAUUGCACACAACGGCGUAGCCGCAUACAAUCUCAAUACCGCCGCCACGUCUAGGUCAGCCAGUUUAGAAAACGAACAUAGCUUUCCACAACAGGUGAGUUUUUUAAUUGAAAAAAUAAAAUCAUUAGAAAAUCAACUUCGAGAAACACAAGUGCUGGUAAGCAACAACAACCAACGUCGAACGUUCGAUGAAAGCACCCGUUAUAACGGGCAGCCCGUCGAGCAUAUUGUGCCAAACAGCCUAUGCAAUAUCACGCCACAUGUACAGCUAAGUGGCACCGGUACUGUACAAUCAUCGUCUUUGCCAUUUGGUUCGCCUGCGCAUGUGUAUACAGUAGCCUCACAGCCCGCAACAACAACAUUGCCCAACCUUAACUACGGCUACCAGCCAAAUGUUGUUUUUAGUGCACUGCCUUACCGACCCCCUACAAUAACAAAUGCAGAUUCGCUCAUAAACGGUAUUCACACUCCGCAAUCGUUAAUAACCGGUGGAAAUUACCAGAUGCCGCGUAAAAUUCAAGAUUUGCCCGAAUUUAGCGGACAUGCGGAAGACUGGCCAUUGUUUUCCAACGCGUUCAUCCAAUCAACUGCCGCCUAUGGUUACACUAACCUUGAAAAUAAUCAACGUCUGUUGAAAUGUUUGAAAGGUGAAGCCAGGGAAGUGGUUAAAUCGUUGCUAAUCCAUCCGGAUAACGUAGCCAGUGUUAUGGAGCAGCUACAGUUUCGAUUUGGUCGACCGGAGUCGUUGAUACGCAGCCAGCUUCAACUAGUUAAAGAAAUUAAUCCGAUUUCCGAGUCCGCCAUUGAAAAACUUAUACCCUUUGCGACAAAAACAAAAAAUCUAUCUGUUUUCCUGCAGUCGGUGAAUGGAGUACAGCACCUGUCAAACCCAACGCUACUAGAGGAGCUGAUUAGCAAGCUUCCUAUUAGCAAACGAAUGGAUUGGGCAAGACAAGCCGCCGCGAUUAAGCCGUACCCAACUGUUGUCGACUUCAGCAACUGGCUCAGCGACUUGGCAAAUUUGGUUUGUACAUUGCAACAAAGUGAUAGUCGUCGCCGAGUAGUACUGCACGCCACGGAAAAUGAACCAAAGCAAUCCCAACCCUCUGGUAAGUGCCCAAUAUGUAAGGGACAGCACAAAAUCAAUGUAUGCCGAAAAUUUGUGGAUUCCUGCGUGACUGAUCGAUGGGCUCACAUAAAGCAAAACCGACUGUGUUUCUCAUGCUUGAGAAGCGGCGGGUAGCCCUUUUCACCUGCCUCACGAUCCGUGCGAUACAUUUGGAGGUGGCUUAUGAUUUAUCCACCGACUCCUGCAUCCUAGCCAUCAGGAACUUUAUCAAUCGGCGCGGUGUACCUGUAAGAUUGAGGAGUGACAACGGUAAGAACUUCGUUGGCGCUGAUCAAGAGGCGAAACGGUUUGACGAGGUAUUCGACUGCGAGCGUGUGAGCGACGAGCUAUCAACGAAAGGCGUUGAAUGGAUAUUCAAUUGUCCACACAACCCAUCGGAAGGCGGUAUAUGGGAGAGAAUGGUACGUUGCGUCAAACGUGUGUUAAGUCACACACUGAAAGAAGUCGCUCCUCGCGAACAUACCUUACAAAGCGUAAUCAUAGAGGCAGAAAAUAUUGUUAAUUCGCGGCCUCUCACUCAUCUACCGAUCUCAGUGGAUCAAGAAGAGCCGCUAACCCCAAACCAUUUUCUCUUGGGGUCGGCUAAUACGAUGCAAACGCCUUGUAUAGGACAUCCAGAUGAGAACACAUGUACGUUGCGGAAACAAUGGCGAAUUUCACGGCAGUUGCGCGAUCAGUUUUGGGAACGUUGGGUGGUGGAGUAUUUGCCCACUUUGACAAGGCGAGAUAAGUGGUGCACGUCGUCGAAGGCGUUGAGUGUGGGCGAUAUCGUUUUCAUUUGCGAUCCGAAUAUGCCGAGGCGACAGUGGUGCCGCGGUGUAGUUGAGAGUGUCUACCGGGGUGCAGAUGGUGAGAUAAGAAGGGCGGAUGUCAGAACAAGCACAGGGGUGCUUCGUCGUCCAACAUCAAAGCUGGCCGUUUUAAACGUAGACUCUAGUGAAGACUAGCGUUUCACGGGGGUGGGGGUGUAACAAAACGCCCAUCCCUAUUUUUGUUUAUCAUAAUCG